AUGUCGCGCGAACAGCUCUCUUCCAUCCUGGCACGGGCUCAAGGCGAAGCGGUCGACUUUUCUGUCGUUCUUUCUGACCUUCUUGCCGUUUUGUCUCGCCAACCCUUGCAGCCUUUGAAUCCUGACCAUAUUACGCCAUCUGGGUGCCGCACUCUGUUGUCGAGGCGCCCUGAGAUCGGCGCGCUACUACAGGAAGCCAUCGUGAAGCAAGACUACGACCAGAUACUAUCCUCCAGUCUCCUGCUAUUCGAAGAUGCACAUCUCCAAUUUCGCGAGCCGCUAAGUCUAACCGACGUAGCGUUUGCAAGAGACAUCGCAGAAUUCAUCAGCAAUCAGAGUAUGUUGAUCAAUGGGGCCGGGACGGGCAAGACUCGAUUACUCCUUGAAGGAUUGUCUACGCGUUGGGGUCUGUACCUGCCGUGUUUCGUUGAGCCUGUCGGUCCCGGAGCUUGCGAUUUGCGCGAUGGCCUUCUCAACAUAUCGCUCAUGAUGGCCACGUCCGAGACUUCCGCACAGGCGCCGAAUGCAGGCCUCUCUGCUGAAGAUGCGGAAUAUACACGCCGCACAAUCGCGCAGAUUCUUUUGUCUAGGCUCGUCAUCUUUGAAGAGUAUCUGCGGCACGCUCGCCUAGACGACAUGAAUCUACGGAUGCGGUGGCUAAUGUUCCAGUUAUUCCCAAACUUUCCCGAAUGUCACGACAUGUUCGUUAAGUUCUGCACGCUCAUGUCGACUCAUGACGCUAGUCCGGAAUACAUCGACGAGCGUAUCACAGACACAAUUCUGAAGAUACGAGCCUUGCUUGGUCCCGACGAGCCAAUCUAUUGCGUGCUGGACGAUGUGCAGUAUGCCCAUUCACGACGCGCGGGGGACAGUACCUUGCUGCGGCAGAUCAUAUGUACUUGGGAUAGAUACGAAGGGUUAACGUUCGUGCUGGCGGGCCAGCCGUUUGAGCUCGACCAGUACAACCCACCGGAUGCCCCAGUGUACCGCCUUUGGACCGACACUGGAUCGUUUGACGGAGACGAAGCCCAUCGCGCUUUCGUGCGCCGCUACCUACCUCCCGACCUGGCGUUCUCCGAAAUCAUGGAGAAGCUUCUGAACAGAGUCAGCCUCUGGCUUCGAGGACGCAUCACAACCUACUUCAUUUACUGCCUCCUAGUCGCCGGUUUCCAAAACCCUCACACGCUUCUAACGUCGUAUGUGCGUAUGCAUUGCGGGAUCCAGCCCGCAGAUGGCCCCAAACUCACGAACACUAUACUGCGUGACGACUAUGACCUUUUGGUCGGAGGUCACAAUCGGUACGAACCGGCCUCAACUUUGCCUCGAGAUCCCCAGGCCUGGUCUUCGGCGCAGACGGUCCUCCAUCGACUGAUAGUGUUCGGCCAAGACACUGUCCGAUUGCGGGGAGACUGCUUACAUCUGGUCGCACGCGAGUUUGCCACCUUCGCGGAUGCCGAUGGCAACGAAGUCAUCGUCUGCGAGCCAUUCUUUGUGUUCCCCCUCGCCUAUCUCUUGUUCCAGCGCUGGGGACCAUCGAAUGGUUAUCUCUCUACGUCCGCCGCAUCGGCUCUUCAUAUGUCGCCACACCAUCCGUCGUUCCAUCUCGCCUCCAUCCCGCUGCUCCUCAUCGCUCUAAAAGGGGACAGCAAGCUCUGCGAUGUAUUCGCCUUCUCGGAACCGAUCCCCGAGUGGGCGCAGCAGACGUGCAAGCUUGUGCGCCUGACGCGCUCUCAGGAAGGAACAGAGCUGCAUGCUGUUCCUUUCUCUACGCCAUUGCCUCAGAGGGAAUCAGAGGACGUGUGGGCGACCGAAUCGCCAGACUGGCUACAACAUACUUCCGCGGGGCCGUUCUGCGUAGCGUCGGGGUUCAGCAGAGCAGAUCUGCUCUUCGUCACCCAGCUCGCGAAGGGUGAUGUCCUCUACGUGGCGUUGAAGGUCGUCCUGAAGAACGAGCACGUCGGCGUUUCGACCGAGUAUAUCCAGUUAUGUCUGGAUAGUCUGGCUUCAGGCCGUUUAUUUCAGGCUUCGAACAGCGCAAAACAGCUUUCGUUAUACCUCCAGACGCCCAUCGUUGGUUCAGGUCAGCCCCGCAUGUUGCGUGCUUUCGCUACCUUUCCCGAAGCAACGGAAAUCGGCGCUUUGCCGGAGGACUUUUCGUCGGACCCCAGAGCUGUUCUGAGAAUGGAUGUGCUACAAAAGCUAUCGGAGAGUAUUCCUUGGAAGGCUAGUCGGUCGCGGAUUUAUGCCGCACUGAUUGACCGUCGCAAGCAACUCAUGGUAGGCGACGCGUCGAUACAGGUGGAUUCCGAGGGCCGGAUGCCAGACGACUUUACCGAAUGA